AAAAAAACUCUGGAAACAGCGAAAUUUGUGCCGUUUAUUUCCUUUGCUGCCUUCUUCUUCUUCCUUUGGGUUCUUCUUCCUCAGACCCAAUGAGUCAGAAGAGAGAUUCCUCUGAUUAAAAAAAUUAGGGUUUUUUUUUUUCUGAACCGAUCAGAGUUUGUUGCAAUUUCCCCCCAAGGAAAGAGAAGAGAAGAGAAAGUGACAGUGGAGGUUUUAUAAAGAGAGUCAGAGAGAGAGAGAGAGAGAGAGAGAUGGAGAUGGAUGAAGAUAUGGAAAUCGAGACAUUGGUGUAUCAGGUUAGAGAGAUCGAUCUUGAGUACGAGUUUGAUGCGGCGAGGUGGUACGAUUUCACUCGGGACGAGUUACCGGCUGAAUCUCAACUCGCUGAGUUCUGGUUUCACUCUGCUCCUUCCUACGCUCCUUCUCCUUUUGUAACCAAACUGUUACUUAGAGAGGAGGAGGUGUAUGAUGACAAGACUGAGGCAUCUACUAGAUCAGAGGAUGAGGAAGUCGCAGCAGGAGAUGUUUGUGAUAAUAAGAGUAGAGGAAUCUUUCAGCAACGACAUCAUUUAGCUACAAAUUUGAGUAAUAAGACAGGAAGUGGAAUGCGUUCUGGGAUUUUUUCCUCACAACAAGGUAGUAAUUUGAAGAAAGUUCCAAUUCAGCUUAUUUGCAAAGGGCCGACGGUUAGCAAUCACAAACACACUGAUAAACCAAAAUUCCGAGCUAAGUCCAGCAUCAGACCAACUCCUAGGAGCUCAACGUUAAUGAGACCAACUGCUAGCCAGUUAGCAAAACAAAAUAAUGCCAGUAAAUCUCAUAUGCAAGUGGAUCAAAUUCUUGAUAAAGGCAAUUGUGGGACAUCUGGGACCGAAGUUCAAGCGUCUAAAAGACAGAAGCUUGAUGGAGGUCUUCUGCGUAAGGUUGCUGAUACAAAGCAGGAAGUGAGUUUUGUACACAAGAUACCAAAGAAGGAUACAACUCUUGAUAAAAACGCACAACAAGCCAGGGCAAAGGUUACUAUCCCACAUAAGCCUGAUUUUGCUACAUCACAGAGGGCUCACAGGAUACGGCACAAGACUGAUGCGAAGUUAGAACAGGAUUCAACAACUGUAUAUAGAUUCAAAGCGCGCCCAUUUAACCGAAAGAUAUUUGAUGCUCCCUCAUUGCCUAUCCGGAAAAAGAGCACUCCGAAACUACCAGAAUUCCAAGAAUUCCAUUUGAAGACUUCUGAAAGGGCUAUGCAACAUUCAUCAGCAGUAACAACAAGAUCUCAUCAGGGGCAUGAUGCGUAUAAGGGGUUAGACAAAUCUAGUAUAAGUGAUGUGCUUGAUGGUGCUAACAGGGAAAAUAGGAGACCAACUGCAAUGGAUAUACCCAAGCAUGAUGUCUCAGAAGGAAACCAUGUUUUUAAAGCUCGCCCUCUGAACAAGAAGAUACUUUCAAGCAGAGGAGACAUGGGAAUUUUCAAAAACAGCAAGCGAGAAACAACAGUGCCUUUGGAGUUUAGUUUUCAUUCAGGAAAGAGAGUUCAACCAGAUUUACCAACAGACCUUUUCAGUAAGCUUUCCAUCAAAUCCGAGCUCCAGUCUACUGAUGGAUCUCGCACAAGAUUGUUUCAACCAAAGGUCUCAAAGGAAAAUAGAAUGAACCCUUUCCAAGCUAGGAAUGAGGUAACAAGAAUGGCAGCAGUAAAACCAGUCUCUAGGAAUGAGGUAACAAGAAUGGCAGCAGUAAAACCAGUCUCUUCAGCUGGACAACAGAUACAAUUUAGUAAUAACGGAAUAACUCCCGAAACAAACCAGCAAUGGACCCCUAGGAGGAGCUUAGGCAUUCGCUGAUGGUACAGAUUACACAUUCGUAGGAUCUGGAAUCAUCUCCUUAUAUGUACAUUCGGAUAUCGUUCUCUUCUCAGUCUGAUCUUGUGGUAUAACUCCUCCGGCGCAAUGCUAACAUUCUGAAAUCCAAAGAAGUAGACCAAUUUGUCUUGAAGACAAAGGAAGAAAAGGAGAAAGCGAAGCAAACCGGAUUCUUCAGUUUCUCCUAAUAAGAGCCAUAUAUUGCAUCGCGCUCUCUUUUUACCGCUCUCUUUUUACUUUCUUCGGCAUCUGUUUUUACAGUUAGUAGCAUAAAAAGGAGAAACAGAAAAUGUAAAUCAGAAAUACUUCCAAGUUCUUAAUACAACAUGUGGUUCAUA